CUUGGAUUUUGCCUUUCGCAUCAUCUUCAUCUUUUGCCAUCUCACGCCCACUGUAAGCUGGAAGACGCUCGCAAAUUGCGAUUCAUCGUCGAAGUUCACGUAAGACUGAUCGACGUCAUCACUUAACUCCUGUGCCGAAGCAUCUCGGAGUUAAGCCAAAACAUAAGAAAUCUCGUCUUUGACGAGCGCACCUUAAAAUUUAGUUUCCUCAACAUUUCAAAAUGUCUCCCGCUUCCGUAUUUGCGUCUGGCAGAACUGCACUUAUUACCGGCGGAGCCAACGGAAUUGGCUUUGCCGUUGCACAGCUUUGUCGCAAGCACCAGAUGAAAGUGAGCAUAGUGGACAGCAACCCAGAGUACAUCAAGCAUGCAAAAACGAAGUUGGAAGACGCAGACUAUUAUGAAAUGGACGUUACGAGUCCAGAGGCGUGGAGCGAGUUGAAAACAAAAAUUGGCGGGGCGCCAGACUUUCUCAUGCUGAAUUCUGGCAUUGGCUUGAAGGGCACCUACGGCGACUCGGAGUAUUUCCGUAAGAUCUUUGAUGUCAACUUCUUUGGCGUGGUGAAUGGCUUAAACACGUUCGUUCCUAGCAUAUCAUCAGAGAAGAAGCCAGUGGCCAUUGUAAUUACCGGUUCAAAGCAGGGUAUUACAAAUCCUCCAGGGAAUGUUGCCUACAAUGCAUCCAAGUCCGCCGUGAAGACUCUGGCAGAGCAUUUGUCAUGGGACCUCCGUGAUACAGGAACGAGUGUACAUCUCUUGGUCCCCGGAUGGACAUACACUGGGCUUAGCGGCAACACUCCAGGGACGAGCAAAGAAAAGCCUGAGGGCGCGUGGUGGCCUGACCAGGUCGCCGACUACCUUUACCAAAAGAUGAGCGAGGGUAAAUUCUACGUCAUUUGUCCCGACAACGACGUCUCGGAGGAGACCGAUCGUAAACGCAUGGCCUGGGCUACUGGAGAUAUCAUUGAGGGAAGGCUGCCUCUUUCGCGCUGGAGGACCGAGUACAAGGAGGAGGUCCAGAAGGCGUUGGGCUGAUGAAACCUACGUAACAUAUCAAAUAUCAAGUCUAUUGGGCCUCAAUCGGCUGCGGUGUCAACCAAGUUAAAAGUCAAAACUUCUAUGGUUUAAUCAUAUCCAUUAAAGUAACCGUGAAACGCAUAUCCAUUACGCAAUGGAUGGUUGAGUAUAAAAAUAGUGUAACUCAAGGCUUAUAGGGAACUGCUCGCUUCUACAAUUUUAUUAAUUUAAUUUUAUUUCUUGAG